UAUUAUAAUUAUUUGUCUUUUUAGUACAAAUUUCCACCGAACACUUAUACUCAGAGUUAUGCAACAAAGCCAAAAACACUUGGAUAAAAUUCUUAACCUUGAUGAAUUUGUUCAUCGCUUAUAUGCAGUCAUACAUAGUAAUGAUCCUGUAGCAAGAGCUCUCACUUUGAGAACACUGGGUAAUAUUGCUAGUGUUGUUUCUGAGAAAAAGAGUAUUCACCAUAGUAUACGAAAUAGCCUUGAUUCUCAUGAUGCUGUUGAAAUGAAAUCUGCAAUAUAUGCCACUGGAAAAUUUGCUGCCCAAUCCAAAACAUUUGCUUCAAAUAUCUGUGCAAAGAUAGGUGAGAUGAUACAAGGUUUAGCUACACCAGUUGAAAUAAAAUUACAGUUGCUGUCAAUUUUUCAACAUAUGCAUCAUGAUGCUCAGACAAUAGCUCAGGUUUGGAAGUUAUGCACUUCCCUUCUUCCAGAUUACCCUUCUCAACAGUUUGUUGUUUGUACAUUACAUACGCUUACAGAAUUAGCAGCUGCUUCUGUAACUCACAUUCCAGAACAGGUUGAUUUGUUGAUUUCAUAUCUUAAAGAAGAUGGCCGUGUAUGUGUUAAAAUGAAUGCAUUAAAAGAUAUGGAGAAGCUAGCCAAAAGAGGAGCACAUUUAUGGAGUACCUCCAAUGUUAAUGAACUGGUAAAUUAUACCAUUGAAACACCCUACAUCAGCCUGAAGUGUGAAAUAUUUUCUGUGAUGGUUGCAUUGUCUCAUUCAGUUGCUGUUGAUAAAUUUGAUUUAUCUGGAGAGUGCAAAGUUCUUCAGCUCUGUCAAGAUUGCAUAUUUCAUGAUAAUAUAAAACUUGCAGCUACAUCAGUUGAGCUUUUGACGCAAAUAGCAAUUCAUGUAUUUCAAGAAGAUAUUGUUGUACAGGGCAUUGAUCUAAUGCAGGAAGUUUCUAGUGCUAUUGAAACUCUGCUUCUUGUUAUUUGUACAGCUGAAGAUAAUACUAAGGAAAAUCUUAAGUCUUUAAUGAAAUGUUUUCUGUGUGCAGUAAACAUCUGUGAAGUGUCUCCUGAUAUGUGCAUCCAAUUUGUUGAUACUAUUGGUUCUCUGAUUGGAAAAACAUCAGAUCUUUGUGUUGUACCCUUAUGUACUGCUCUUUGUGCCUUGGGAAAUAAAAGUGCUGGUGUUGUAGUCUGUUGGCAGGCAGAGUUAAUUCAGAAAUUGAAAGAAUUUACAGUUACAUCAUCUAUGACUGCUGAAACUUCUAAAGCUAUAGGUAUGGUUUGCACAUUGCUAUUUCAGACAAGUGUUGAUAAACCAUGGCUUAUUCAGGAUGAUGCAAUUAUUAUGAAUGCAGUCAAUUCAAUUGAUUUUUGGUCAGCAUACAGAAUUGGCAGACAAGCAACAAGAUAUGGCCAUCACCAGUUUGCAAUAAGGAUUUUUUCAAUGCUUUGUGACAGAGUUAGUUCAGAACAUUUAUAUUUUUGGUUGGUCAGUUUAUGUGAGAUGAGUCAAGCUGAGAACUGUCUUAUGACGAAGACUGUAAGGAGUCCUCAGGGUAUAGUAGAAUGUGUUUCUGAAGCUGUAACGCAUUAUAUGAAAGCAGUAUCAGCUUUAAAGGCAGCUACUACCCCUCAGCAUUCCUUAAUUUUUCAAUGUGAAUAUGCUAGACUGCGUAGUGAGGUUCUUCAAGCACAUUUACAACUUCAACUUGCAUGCUCCUGCAUAAAAACCUCUCCACCUCCUGCUAUUGCUGGAUCUGUUGCAGCUGUUACUCGUGAUGAACUUCAGAAAUGUGGGCGUGUUGUUAUGCAGAUAAGGAAAUGUGCUAAAGAUUUUAAGAAUCUGGCUGAUCAGUAUGGUUCCCUCUAUCAGUCUGUGUUUGAUGCUGAUCCUAAGACUCUUAUUAAUAUACAACUAUUACAUCAGGGUUGUUUACUUAUAGCUCAAGCAAUUGAUAAAAUAUCCCAGCACAAUCAAGGAAUGGGUUUUAAUACUGGAGAAGAAGAUAUAUUAUCCAUUGAAUAUUCCAAACAGUCUUUAGAAAAUUAUCAGAUGGGAGAAGCUUGUCGUAAAGCUUCUGCUGUCAUACGAGACUUUUCGGUAAAUUAUGAAGAAAGAGUUGUUUCUAAACAGGAAACGGAUUUUUUGCUCAAGAUCAGCAAUGAAAUCUUUUUAAUUCCAUUGUGCUUACCUAGAUUUUUCUUCCAAGCUUUACAAUCUACCAGUAUUAAACUAGCAAUAUCUCCACAACCUAAAAUUUCUGGAGAGCCAAUUAUUAUACAGAAUACUUCUCAAUUAUCUAUAAAAGUUGAAGGAGUUGUUCAGCAUGGCUCUAGACCUGGCUUGUAUCGAAAAGUAGAUAAAAUAUUAAUAACUGUUAUAAGCCAACAGAAUCGGAAUACUCAGGAUAUUAAGUCUUUUCCAGAUAACACUAAUCUGACAACAAAUCUUUCUCAGUCUGUGACACCUCAUUAUGAUUAUUUUCAUGCUCAGUUUCUUCUUGGUUUUCCUAUUGCUGGAAUUCAUUCCAUAACAAUUGAAGCUGCGGUCAUAGAUGACAAAGAAUCUUUGUGGAAAACUGGACCAAAAAUGGUACUGAUGGUAAAAUCUUUCGAUGACAGCAACAAUCAAAAACCUGCUGCUCGACCUGCUUAUUCAUUGCGGUUUCAAAAUUAAAAAUGUGUAAAAGUAUGCAGUACCUAAAUUUUUCAUAAAAUGUAUCAUGUAAAUAAC